AUGCACCUCUGUAGAAGGUAUGAGGCGGUAAUGCACCUUUGCGCUUGUCCAAGAAGAAGAAGCAACCCGGCCGGGAGAAAAAUGGCGGAUAACAAGGAUCCUCUGAGACAGCUAAAAGAUCUGACUCAGCUCAAAAAUCAGUUGGAGGCGAUUCAGAGGCGAGUGGAGAACGAGGUGUCCUCAGGAAUUCCCCAGGGAAGCUCGGUGCUGGGAUCCCCCUUCCUGAAGGGCUUCUUGGCCGGCUAUGUGGUGGCCAAGCUGCGCUCCUCUGCCUUCCUGGGAGUGCUGCUGGGGACCGUCACCGGCAUUUACGCAGCACAGAACUACCAGGUGCCCAACGUCGAAAGGACCGUUAAAGAUUAUAUGAGCACUCUGAGAAAGGGACCAAAGUGAUUUUGGGCGGAGAUGGACCAAACUGAAGA